UUGGGAGGUUUCCUGGAUCAGCACUUCUUUCCUUUCCUAAACUACUUUCCACAAAGACUAGGAUUACGGCCAAAUCAGCAUCAAGCUUCACACCAGCUGAAGUUAAACUAUUGAGAGUGAAUUUCCAGCCAGCUUCUUUCGAGGAUGUUAUCCCUGCCACCGAGGAUCCUG